CAAAUUUCACCGCCGAGUUCAGGUUAAUAUCACCCAUAUCGCGUUGAAACAGACACAAGUAACAAACUCACGUCGUUUUCAUCGCCAAGAAUUAGACAGUGCUCAUUUUCUCAGCUGCGUGUACGAGAUUAGUGAGGCUUCAAGAUUUAUUUGAUGAUAACAGUGGACAUCAAACGCCAAAGAUGUGAUGCGUUCAUUCAUUUCACAUGAUGACCUCAGUUAAACCUUCUCCGUUCACCACUAGUGAAACGUGGAAAAAUUCUGCGGCUUCUGUUUCUCUGACAGUGAAAGAGAUGAUUCCUUCCUCAGGGCCUCCCUCUACCAGCCUUGAAGUCCCCGAGCCCUUUCCAUCGCUGGUAAUUCGUCUGGCGCUAUCCAUUCUAAUUCUAGUGCUAAACAUGGCGGGAAACAUUCUCGUGUGUGUAGCGGUAAGGAAAACACGCAAGCUGCGAAGUUUCAGGAACUACUAUUACGGUCUGUUUUUGAUGAGUCUGGCGAUUGCCGACAUGGCGGUAGGUCUCGUUUGUAUGCCCUUUAUCUUACUCUACUACGAGACAGGGAAGUAUCCGUUUGGCUUUUUCGGAUCCACUGCCGUUUGUAAGCUCAUCCCAGCUCUGAGCCUGUUAUGCCAGGGUGCUUCGAUCUUCAGUCUAACAACCCUUACUUUACAACGCUUCAUGGGGAUUGUCUAUCCAAUGAAAACUAGAUUGACCCUCGGAAGGGUAAAGUUACUUCUAGCUCUGAUUUGGCUGUGUGCCUUUAUGUCCGCUCUGCCACAAAUCAUUGUCAUGGACGUGAAUCACACAGUGCAAGGUGAAGACAACAAAUUCAGCUGUGAAGAGUUCUGGGGGAAUCCUCCCACCGACAUAAUCCUAAAGGAAGGGUAUACUUUAUACCUGUUUGUGGCUGAAUAUCUCCUACCUCUGAUUAUCAUGGGAAUCGCCUACAGCAAAAUGGCAACGGUGCUCAAUCGAAGGGAUGAAGGCUUGGAAGGUAGAAAAUCUACCAAUAGUAGAACCAAAGCAAACCACAAGAAAUUCAUUCGACUUCUGAUCGUCUUAAUCGUGAGUUUUGCGCUGUGCUAUCUGCCGAAUCAUGUGCUGUUUUUCUGGUUAGAUUACGGCUCAGGAGCAAACAAUCCGUACUUCAGUAUUCUCAUGAAGUAUUCACAUUUCUGUAUUUGGCUUAACAGCUGUCUAAAUCCUUACCUAUACGGAGCACUUGACGAUUACUUCAGACAGAGUUACAAGAAGGCGCUGCGACAAUGCGCACGAAUCGAGGGUAAGGCGAGAAAGACUCACCGUCAUAUCACGCGACAGUUAACCAAAAUAUAUUCCUUUAAGACACCAUCUACAGCAGAUCCGGAUUCGUCAGACGUACCAGAGGAGAGUUAAGGUGAAAAGCAACGCACGGAAAGUUUUAUCUUGGAACACUAAGAAAGGACAAAUUGCAAUUUGUGGGUCGAUUUAAUAUUCUUAUCGUUAAGAGCUCUGAGUUUUAGACUCCAAUUUCUCUGUGGCUGAAAAAUAUCAGAGAUAAGGAACCUUUUACGAGGAUGGCUCAUUAGAAGUUGUCAAAAACUGAAAAUGAUUUGUUAACAAGAAGACCAACUAAUAGCCCUUUUGGAAAAGAACUACCCGCGAAAGGAGAUUUUAAUUUGUGGCUUAUAAUCAUCGCUAAACCGCUUUGUUUUUGUAGUCAUUUUGGAUAAAUAAUUAAGCUUUUAAAAAUCUUUAUUAGAGGAUUGGUUAAACUGUUCAAGGCGGGGUGAUGUGUCGCAUAGCGAUUCCGCGAGUAUGUUUGCUAGCUUCAAAGACGUGUUUGAAUUUACUUUGACAGAAAUUUUGUCUUGUGGCAUUCCUGUCAUUUCUGCUUUCACUCUGAGUCAAACGCUUUGAAGCGUUCUUUUCUAUGAUGUAUUUGUUCAAGUUAGAUUGUAAUUCUUUGUACAUCCGGUGUCAAUUAGUUAACACUUGCUUAUGAACUCAUUCCAUUAAUGCUAAGGCACUCUAGAAAAACCCUUACAGGAAAUUCGUAACACCUAGAGACAGGCGCCAAGAACAAUUUCGUGAGUUUCUAGCGGUGGGAGGUCCAUACAGCAAACCACCCCUCGCUUUAAACACUCAGAUCGCUUUGCCCAACCGAACCACAAAACACGAGCGUAUCAGCCUGAUUUCUGUUUGACAUUGAAAGAAUUUGACGGCUCUAAUAGUUCAAUGAUUAGUUAAAUCUAUGUACUUUACAGGCUUUAGAGCUGUCCACGUCACUUUUGGAACAAUUCAUUACUUCUAGGUCACGAAUGUGAUCAAUUCUAAGACUCUAGUUAAACAAAGGCAGUUGGAUAUUUCAGGAGUUUGAGCGAUUAAUUCUUACUUCAUUUCAAAAGGACAUAGGCCUGUGUCUGCAUCUGAAAAGAUUUCGGCAAAUUUAUCACAUUUUAAGAUUUUAGAUAAAAGACCCUCAAGCAGACUACAAUAGGCGUUCGUUGUUAAUUGGCUUUGGUUUUAAGACAAAGGUUUGGAGUGCUUUUGACUAGUUUUUAUCUGUCAUUUAGGUAUAGUUAGACAGUUCUCGGUUUUAUGAGUGUUAGUCACGGUUUUCUUCGAAGAAUAGUGGUUAAUUAUCUUGAAGACUCCGAACUAUUAUCCUUUAUAUGUACAUGAAAAUAAAAACAAAAUUCAAAGGAUGUACCAGAGUAAAUGGGAUGGCCAAACUUAAGAAUCUGGAGGCGUUACAGUACAUUGUCACAAAGCUUCAACAUUUUAAUUACGAAAUCUCUCGAUGACACAAAGUGAUAUACCUUUGAGUCUAAACGCAAUUAAUCUUUUGCUUUCACUGAUAAAAAAGGGAGUUUUAUCCACAGCAGUUUUCAAUUAAAAUGCUUUAGCAUAUGUCGUGUUUGUGAAAAGAGGAAACAAUAAGCAGGGGUGUAAUCUAUAUCUGUGUAAUGAUUUGGUUUUGAGGGCUCACCGGGAAUAUAGUGUGGAAUUCCUUACGAAAUAAAACUCUGUGUAACCACUGAA